UCCCGCCCCCGCGCGCCGCCAUGGACGCCGCGCCCGCGCUCCUGAGGGCCCCACCGGCCGAGGUGCUGGACGACGUGCUGCGGGAGCAGUUCGGGCCGUUGCCCCAGUUGGCCGCCAUCUGCCGGCUCAAGCGGCUGCCGUCGGGCGGCUACUCGUCCACGGAGGACCUGCAGUUGGUGCUGGAGCGGCGGCGCGUGGCCAACGCCAAGGAGCGCGAGCGGAUAAAAAAUCUCAACCGUGGUUUUGCCAAACUGAAGACGCUGGUGCCGUUUCUUCCCCAAAGCAGGAAGCCUAGCAAAGUUGAUAUCCUCAAAGGUGCAACUGAAUACAUACAAGUUCUCAGUGAUGUUUUGGAAGGAGCCAAAGACUCUGAGAAACAAGACCCAGAUCAUCAGAACUAUAGCAACAAUACUUCUGAACCACGUAUGUCCUUGGCUAGAGAGCUGUCGAGAAAUAUACCACACUCCGGUUGUGCUGUGGGCUUGAAGAAUGAGGAGGAAGGGUCCUGGGCAGAUGGCAGCAAUGAAUUAAAACCCAACAAAUGGAAGAUGUCAGCAUUCUUCAUACCAGAGAAGACCACCUGAGGCCAGAUCAAAGGAACCAGAGAAGCUCAUCAGGAAGAUUACCUGAGACCAGAUUAGAGGAGUGCAGGCCUGGCACACACCCUAAUCUUGUCAGCAACCCCACCCUUGAACUAUUGCUGUAAAACUCCUCACUAAAUCCUCCUGGGUUGGGACACAUAGUUUUGGAGGGGCACGAGUCCACUGUGUCCCCCUUUGCCUGGCAAAGCAA